CACAGUCACGCCGCGGGACGGACUCACGGACGAUCGCUCAGCCGCACCUUUCAGGGACAUGGGGGAGCACGUCACUCGUAGCUGCUGCCUAGGCUGGGACUUCAGCACGCAGCAGGUGAAAGUUGUUGCUAUUGAUGCAGAGCUGAAUGUCUUUUAUGAGGACAGUGUGCAUUUUGACAGAGACCUUCCAGAAUUUGGGACUCAGGGUGGUGUUCAUGUGCACAAGGACAGACUGACAGUCACCUCUCCAGUCCUGAUGUGGAUCCAGGCUCUGGACAUCAUCUUGGAGAAGAUGAAGGCUUCGGGUUUUGACUUCUCUCAAGUCCUCGCCUUGUCUGGGGCAGGCCAGCAACAUGGAAGCAUAUACUGGAAGACUGGGGCCAGCUUGGCACUGACGGCACUGUCACCAGACCUCCCAUUGCACCAGCAGCUGAAGACUUGCUUCUCUAUCAGCGACUGCCCAGUGUGGAUGGACUCCAGCACCACAGCCCAGUGCCGCCAGCUGGAGGCCGCUGUGGGUGGGGCCCAGUCUCUCAGCUGCCUCACAGGGUCCCGCGCCUAUGAGCGUUUUACAGGAAACCAGAUUGCAAAGAUAUACCAGCAGAAUCCUGAGGCCUACUCACGCACAGAGAGAAUUUCUUUGGUCAGUAGCUUUGCUGCUUCCCUAUUCCUUGGUUCUUACUCCCCCAUUGACUACAGUGAUGGUUCUGGAAUGAAUUUGUUACAGAUCCAAGACAAAGUCUGGUCCCAGGCUUGCCUUGGUGCCUGUGCCCCUCAUUUAGAGGAGAAGCUCGGCGUACCAGUACCAUCAUGCUCAGUUGUGGGAGCCAUUUCUUCCUACUAUGUCCAGCGCUAUGGAUUUCCUCCAGGAUGCAAAGUAGUGGCCUUCACUGGUGACAAUCCAGCGUCACUGGCAGGCAUGAGGCUGGAGGAAGGUGACAUUGCGGUCAGUCUGGGCACCAGCGACACCCUGUUUCUCUGGCUCCAGGAGCCCACACCUGCCCUAGAAGGCCACAUCUUCUGCAAUCCAGUUGACCCUCAGCACUACAUGGCACUCUUGUGCUUUAAAAAUGGCUCCCUCAUGAGAGAGAAGAUCCGCAAUGAAUGUGCUUCCUGUUCCUGGAGUGAGUUCUCUAAGGCACUGCAGUCCACAGAGAUGGGGAACGGCGGAAACCUGGGUUUUUAUUUUGAUGUAAUGGAGAUCACCCCUGAAAUUAUUGGGCGUCAUAGAUUUAAUGCAGAAAACCAUGAGGUCCCAGCAUUCCCGAGAGAUGUGGAGAUUCGAGCACUGAUCGAAGGACAAUUCAUGGCCAAGAGGAUUCAUGCAGAAGGCCUGGGCUACCGAGUCAUGCCCAAGACAAAGAUUCUGGCCACAGGAGGGGCAUCUCACAAUAGAGACAUCUUACAGGUGCUUGCAGAUGUAUUUGGUGCCCCGGUGUAUGUCACAGACACUGCCAACUCAGCCUGUGUGGGCUCUGCAUACCGAGCUUUUCAUGGUGGAAAAGACGUGUCCUUUGCAGAGGUUGUGAAGUUAGCCCCAAAUCCAAGACUAGCUGCUACUCCAAGCCCAGGAGCUUCUCAGGUCUACGAGGCCCUUCUCCCCCGGUAUGCUAAACUUGAACAGAGAGUCUUGUUCCGGACCCAAAGGCCUCUGGAAUGAAUCUGCAGGCCCAGGCACCCCUACCCACCCCUGCCUGCCCAGAUUCACUGAUCCCACUUGGAGACACAGCCCUGAACAAUAGGGACUGUCUUCCCUGUACUGAGCUGCUCUUCCUGCUCAUGUUGACUCCUCAGAGUGCUCCUGCCCAUCCAGGAUCAUCCUGAAGCUGACUUCAGCACAUCUUCCUGAAGAUAUUUGGGCUGCCUGUGCCCUACGCCCUAGGUCGGGAGAGCAUCUCUCCUUUCCUGUCUUUCAAGGAUGCAGGAUAACACCAACUCUGGAAUAUAUCCACUAAAAAUUGUGACCUUUCUAUUUUCAAAGGCAGAAUGAAAGCUGAUCUUGGGACCUUAAUCAGCAGAAUGGGAGAAACAAUGCCUUCUCCCACCGCCUACCCUGGCCCUGACUACGCUCACCAAGCACAGAUGCCCCACACUAUACCUUGACCCUGCUGUUCAGCAUCUUCCAUCACCCAGAGCCCACAGACACUUCUCUCCUAUACCCUGGCCCUCCCAGCUGUUUCUGCCCUGUUCAUUUCACCUUCCCAGGUGCCCUCCCAGGACUUCUCCUGUCCCAUACCCUCCUUCCUUCAUGUGCUCACCCUUCUCUGCAUACAUCACUUGUCCCUCCCUUAUGGGUCACCCAGUUCCUCCCCACACCCACCUGGUGUAAUUCACCAUUUCCCACCCGAAAAGAACUAAUAGUCCUGGUGGACACACUUCCCAUGCCUUCCCUCAGUUCUGCCCAGAGUCUACUAGACUCUGGGUCUGGUUGGGCCAUCUCCCAGGUGGUGGAUUUUAGGGCUCUCUUCUCUUUCUCAUUGCAGUUCAGUUUUUGAAGACAUUAUAUCAUGUUUCUGGGAGCAUUUUGCAAAUUCUUGAUUUCUUUUUUAUUUGGAGUAUUUUCAUCAGGUAAAGAACUGAUCUCACUUUCAGUUAUCUUCCUAUAUUUUUAUGGAUGUUGGGUUCCUUCUUCCUUCUUCUCCACUGCUCCUGUUUUACUUUAUAUCUCUCUAUUUCUGGAUCAGUUAUUUGCAAAAGCUUCCAUAGAAAGUCCUUUGUGAUCUUACUCCUGUUAAAAUCCUCCAGAUUUUUCUUCUGUCACAGGCCUUUGCUGAUUCCAGUUAAACCAAAAUACUUGUGGGCUCAUCCAGAGUGGCAAGAUGCUGCAGGCAGGUCUGAGACCUGGUGAAUGAAUAGUGACUGGUGGAAACUCAAAAGGGAGGUGCUUAGACUGGGACUAGGACCAGAGCGUCACUUCUGUUAAGAAUUGAAGCCAUCCUGAAAGGGAGUGGUGUCCCUGGGGGGUUGGUGGGUGAAAGGGGAAAAAGGAAGCAAAAAUCAAAAGAUAACAGCCCAUCUGAUACAACAGCAACUCCAGGAUACAGAAGAAAACACAACUCCCUCAUCACCAUCUGGACAUUGCAUGUUAAAGAAAUUUUAUAUCAAUCAAUAGAAAAGGGCUCUCUUGGACGAUGAAACAGUGAACUGUAACACAGCUCUCCAACAGAAAAUUUUAAAUCAAUUAAAAAUUCGUGGAUGUGAAAGAAAACCACAGAUCACAAAUUCAAAAACAAAAUGAAAAAGCUUUUCGAAUGUGGAAAAGAAUUGUAACAAAAAGAUAAAGUCAUGACAAUAUGGAGACUAAAUUCCAACACAUCCAAAUGUGUUGAUAACAGGAAGUAGAUAACAGCUGUAAUACAGUAAGGCUCAAAGAAGGCAGGAAGGAGAAGAAGAUAGACAAAGAAGAGACAGCAUGGGUAAAUCGGAGCUCCUGAAGGAAAAAAGAAAAGAAAAAGAAAUUGAAAUGGUAUUAAUAUUUAGAACUCCCCAAAAGAAACUUCUGAACACUCUGAGCAAAUGCUCCAUGACUGAGCUACAUCCCCCACCCCUGAAACUAGAUCUUGAAAAGAUUACUCUUGUCACUUGUGGAAAUUGGCCCCAGAUGAUCAACUCUGAGACCUACUGCAGCAAACUAUUACAUGAUGAAGCUGAAAGAAAAAUUCUCCAGGCCAAAGAUCUAGUCCCUUACAGAGGAAGAUCAGAUUGGUGUCAGACUUCUGAAAAAAGCAAAAUAGCAAUGGAGCGACAAUUUCAAAAAGUUUUUUUUUAAGUAUGAACUAUGGAUUUUUAUAUCCAGUUAAGCUGUUCUUUAAAAUCCAAAGAUACAGAAGGAAGUUUUAAUUAUGCAAGAGCUCAGGGAAUAUUAUAACUUCUACGGAAAGAGAAGCUUCAUCCAACUAGGAGCAAAAGUACAUCUUUAGUUGUAGAUCUGACAUCCAAAUGCAAGUGGGGGUAAGGGUGGAUGAAUAAUUUCAAAUGGUACAUGCUUUGUGUAGAGGUAGACAACUAGAAAAGUGGAAGAGAAGGGAGAGGGAAAAGGGAAAGUAUAAGAGUUCUUCAUGGCAUAAGCAAUAUGUAGGAGUCAUAUUUUUAAAAUUGACAAACCAAAGGUUUGAGGC